AUGGCACGUAUUAAUUUGCCAACUGUUUUAAUUUUAACAAUUACUCUCACAAAACUCUCCAAAUCAGAUGAUUUGAUUAUAGCAAGACAGAAUAUUGUUCAUCCAACUUCUGGACUUAUAUUACAAUAUAAAUCAGAUUACAGACCAGCAAACAAAAUUGUCACAUUUUCGACACUCAUUCCAAUGGUAGCAGAUAUGUGCUACUUGAUUCCGAUUUCUGGUUUAAAAAAAAUCGCACGAUGUAAUUUAACUACCAAUGUGAUGAAUUUUAUUAAUCGUGAUGUAACUCGCCCAGAAAAAAUUGAAAUAAGAAUGAGAACUAAAAGAUUUCUCACUGAUAUUAUUUCUAUUGGUGUGAGCGGCGCAGCUCUGGCCCUAGGCGCCGUAAAUGUGUACCAAAAUGCGAAUUUAAAGAAUCAAAUGGAGAUAGUAAAACAAUCGUAUGUAACACUUCAGCAAGCUGAAUACACACACAAAGCUCAAAUUCUACAACUUACACAAGGUGAACUAAAACUAGCUAUGGAACUGAACGAUACACAACAAGCUAUUAGUCGAACAAUGGAACUUGUCAAUGAACAUUCGGAGACAAUACGAAAUCAUGAUGAAGCUAUACGAAAAAUUGGCGAAUUCUCAGCUUCAAUUAACAGUAAACUCGAUGCAUUUAUGCAUGCUGUAGAAGGUCACAUUUUACACACCUCAAUUGAAGAUAUUCUAAGAGGUAAGCCUAAUUUAGACUUCAUUCACCACAAUGACAUGCCGAAAGCUAUUGAACUUAUAACACAAGCAAUAAAUAUUUCAUUAGAAGAAAGUAAUAGUUCAAUAUCAUUAGUGGACUUAGUAAUCCGACUACUCGUUGAACAAGAAAUUUCUUUUAUUCCUACAACUCAAUUAACAGCGUCACCCUUUGGUGUUAUAAUCGGACAACUAGCAAUUACAUCGUUCUUUGCAGCCUCUAGUUAUGAUGAAAAGCCAUUUUUUGUUUAUGAACCAAUACCAAUUCCCUUUAACUAUGCAAAUAAACGUGUUAGACUUGCUCAAAUGCCUGCUUAUAUAGGAAUUCAUCCAGAUUCUCGUCAAUUUGUUCGCUGGUCUCGAGAAGAAGCAGCACCUUGCUAUUUUGAGUUAAUGACAUCAUGCCGUACAACACCAGCUAUUCAAAAAGAUCCUGAGCAUACAUGUAUCUUCCAAAUUUUAACUGGUAAACCACUAACGGCAUGUCGAAUUGAACCUUAUGCAGAACCAGUAUUUGUACGUAGAAUAGGACAUUAUUGGGCUGUCUCUAGUGACUCUAGUACCAAGUGUCAUUCAGCUAAAAUUCCAAAUUCAGAUCAAUAUGAAGUAAUGGAUAACCAUGCGAUUACUCUACCGCCUAUUGCAUUAAUUGCUAGCACUGACUCGACGCCUUUAUCGUGCGAUCUGUUUUAUUUGCCAGGACUUCCAGUCCAAUUGGGAUCAAAAAUUGUUAUAUACCAAAACACAACAAUUAAUCACAUUGAUGAAAGACUAAUUGAUUUACACUCUUUAAUUCAUAAUAAUAGUAUCAAAUGGGAGAAGUUACUCUAUAUUCCAUCUCAUAUCCAGACUAUAAUCGACUUUAUUACUAACACAACUCAACCUCCUACAAUCCUCUUUUGGGGACGUUUCCAAACGCAUUCAACACUUUCCUUUAUCAUUAUAUUGAUAGGAAUAAUAUUUCUACUGGUUAGUUUCCAGAUUGCUUACUUCCGUUUCAAACAGAAUCGUAAAACAAAAGUUAAAAUUAGCAUCCCAUCAUGGAAAACACUAGAACAAGCCGAACAACUAGCAUCCCAGAACUCAUAA